AUGUCGCAGUGCGAUGUAAUUGUGUCAGACGGCAUUCCGACGAAAAGUGUCAUUGACCAUGUUGUUUUAUCUGAACUUGCGCUCUUCCGUCGACCGUUGAAAGUCGUUAGCCUUGGUUCUUCGGCCUGGGCUCAGAGAUAUCGGAUUGAUGUCGAAGCUCAGGAAGAGACAGAUAGCUAUUUCAUGAAGAUAUCAUUUGGGGAUCAUGGUAGGCAAGCUCUCAAGGGAGAAUUCGAAUCUACUUUGGCAAUCCACAACAUCGUCGGAAGCUUCACUCCCAUGCCAAUCAGAUGGGGAUCCUUCAAAGCUCUUGCAGGAGCACAUUAUUAUAUCUGUCGUUUCUACGACUUUGCGGAACAUGCUCUCAAGCCAGCAGAGUUUUGCCAGGAGAUCGCCUUUCUCCAUUCGAGCAGCGAUUCGCCAAGCGGCAAAUUCGGGUUUCACCUUGUGACAUACAACGGCGACCUGCCUCAGGAGAAUGGCUACACUGACACGUGGGAGGAAUUCUUCACGAUUGGAUUGAGGCACAUGAUAAAUAUGAACCUAGAACGUGGUGGGCCGUGGCCUGAGCUGGAAGGCUUAGAUACUGUUAUGAUUGACAAAGUGAUCCCCCGCUUGUUAAGGCCAAUGGAAACAGGAGGGCGGUCCAUCAAGCCAUCCCUCGUCCAUGGAGACCUGUGGUGCGGAAAUGCCGCAGUCGAUUCAGCCACAGAACAGCCGCUGAUAUAUGAUCCUGCGAGCUUUUAUGCGCACAAUGAGUACGAAUUGGGCAAUUGGCGUCCUGAGCGAAAUGGGUUUGACAGAAGCUUCUUUGAUGCUUAUCAUUCUAUUAUUCCAAAGACUGCCCCAACAGAGGACUACGAUGACCGGAAUGCACUGUAUUCGAUGGUGGUUGAAGAAAUGAGACGUCUCGUUGCAAAGUACCCGGGAGGCUACGAGGAGUACGCCAAAAUGUCCUGUGACAACUUAUAA